CAAGAUGUUUUUUUUUUUUUUAGAUCAAGUAGAACAAGAUGUGGCAACAGAGUCUACUUGAAAUUUGAACUCAUGCCAAGGAGAAGUACUUUGCGCACACGGAUCAAUCAACUGAUCGAAUGAUGCCUUUGAGACAUCAAUAUCAAUCUUUAACCCAGGAGUGGGCGCAUGAUUUUCUGGAAAAUAAAACAACUGCUGUUUAUGACUGAGAUUCUCGAAUAAUAUUGGAGGCAAAUUUACUGAAAACCAGUGAUGUACUAGUGAGAGACAUCUCUCCACUAAGACAUGCAUAACAUCUAUGUAGCCAAGCGAAGCUCUGUGAAAUUCAGAUGACUUCGGAAAGUGAGUCGAGCGGCUGAGCGAUAUUUAAAGUACGAAAAAGUGAGCUUCCUUCACAAGUUUCAGUACAGUCAGCGACAGUGAUCACACUUUAGACAUUUAAUGAUUGCCCUUCUGUGUGGAGAGACUCUGCCGCUGUCAACCUGAGCCUCACAGAACUUCCUUUGACUACAUGGACAUGUUACGCAUAUAUUAGUAGGGGGAUGUCCUUUGCCAGUGUAUCACUGCUAUACAGCAUUUUGAUAAAAUUUGCUGCUAAUCUGCCGGCUAACAUUUUGCUUAUUGAGGACCGCCGGAAAUGUCACGCUAUUCUAAGAAAAUGAGAAAAGAGACAAAUAGUUGCGAGUUUGGAUCUAAUCACUAUUUCUUGCUAUGCGGUCUCGGAGGCAUUUUGUCAUGCGGUAUCACUCAUACCAUGAUCACUCCCUUAGAUUUAGUUAAAUGUCGAAUCCAAGUGGACUCCAAAAAAUAUAAAUCGGUGUUCCAAGGAUUUCGUGUCACGCACGCCGAAGACGGCACUCGUGGAUUGGUAAGAGGCUGGGCACCCACUUUCUUUGGCUAUUCCGUUCAAGGAAUGUUCAAAUUCGGGCUCUAUGAAGUUUUCAAAGUUUACUACUCGGCGUUAGCCGGCGAAGAGCUAUCUUACGAAUACAGAACUACUCUAUACUUGAUAUCGUCGGCCUCCGCGGAAUUCUUCGCGGAUAUCGGUCUAGCACCGUUUGAAGCUGCCAAGGUCAGGAUACAAACUAUGCCAGGAUAUGCCAACACUCUGCGAGAGGCAUUGCCAAAAAUGUACGCAGAUGAGGGUUUAACAGGAUUCUACAAAGGUUUGGUGCCGCUCUGGUUGCGCCAAAUUCCGUACACGAUGAUGAAGUUCGCCUGCUUCGAGCGCACGGUCGAGCUUCUGUAUAAACAUGUAGUACCUAAACCUAGGCAAGAAUGCAGUAAAGCCGAACAAUUGGUGGUCACUUUCGCGGCCGGGUAUAUCGCUGGUGUGUUCUGUGCCAUCGUGUCUCACCCCGCCGAUUCUGUAGUGUCCAAGUUGAAUCAAGAAAAAGGUUCGUCGGCAGGCGAGGUUCUGAAGAAGCUCGGCUUCGCUGGCGUAUGGAAGGGUUUAGGACCGAGGAUCGUUAUGAUCGGUACCCUAACCGCGGCGCAAUGGUUCAUUUACGAUGCCGUGAAAGUCUGGCUUCGUAUGCCUCGUCCACCACCACCAGAAAUGCCCGAAUCCCUCAAGAAGAAGUACGGCGUGGCAUAAAUGCGACGCGGCUCUUACUUCGUCGAGUUUGUUCCAUCGAUCAGAUCUUUAUCGCUCGAUUAGAAAAGAAAUGUAUAAAAAGUAAUUUUAAUUACCUCCAUGUCGCAUGUUCACAUCGUUAAAUGAUGUCCCGCAACUUCUUUUUUUUUUUGAGUAUUUAUUCCGCAACAUAUAUGAUACACACCAUCAGUGAAGGGCAACACUGCCGCAGAAUUAGAAAACAAAAAAGAAACUAUUGUGUCUUACGAAUAGGCGUAUAGAGAUGUUACAGGAUCUAUAAUUCAAAGACACAAUAAAACUAAAACUUAAUUCAGCGAUGACAGUUAUCUAGGAUAAUCUGUUACCUUGUACAUAGGGUAAUCGCUGUAAAUAAACAGAUCGAUUGCUCGAUUA